AUGCACCGCUGCCUUGCCAUCUCCAUUGUCGUCGCCGCUGCCUGUCUUUCUGGUGCACAUGCCGCUAUUUCCGUUGGCCUCACGCGGACACAGAACGGCUCUCUAAAGAACGUGGCCAAAGCGGAUCAGGCACGCCGGGCAUUGUUGAGCAGAGCCAACAGCGAGGGCGCAACAAGUCUUCCGAUCGCGCAGUUAGGGUAUGCAGCUUACACUGCCUCUAUUGGAAUUGGAAAUCCUCCCACCUAUUACAAUCUCCUCGUGGACUCUGGAAGCUCAAACACAUGGAUAGGCGGUAACAAACCCUACGUUAAGACUAGCACCAGCGUUCCUACUGGAGAGGCCGUAAAUGUGAGCAACGCCGGAGGCGCAUUUGUCGGUAGCGAAUACUAUGACGAAGUAGCUCUUGCGCCUGGGCUUAUCAUUAGGAACCAAUCCAUUGCUGACGCAACUGGGGCUAUGGCCCCACCGGGUGUGGACGGUAUUAUUGGCUUUGGUCCUGUCAACCUCACGUUGCAAACAUUCGAGAACAACCCGAUGCAGACCAUUCCUACUGUGAUGAACAAUGCAUAUGCUCAAAAGAUCAUACCAGAACAGGUCUUGGGUGUAUACUUCGCACCUGCCACCUCAAACUACUCGAUGAACGGACAGCUCACUUUUGGAGGCGUCGACGAGUCACUGUGCGUUGGCCCCAUUCAUUGGACGCCAGUUACCACGACCAAAUUCGCUGAUCUAUACUGGGGCGUGAACAUCUCUGCCUCGUACGGGAGGAAGACGCUCAUACCCGCCACGCACUCCGGGAUCAUUGACACUAGCAGCACAUUGACCGGUGUUUUGGAUGCAUGGUAUGAGACAUACAUCAAGGCGAUUCCGGGAAGCUUCUUCGACGCGAAUGUCACCGGAUUGACUGCUAUCCCCGAGUCGUCAGUAAAGCACAUGCACAUGAUCGCCAUUUUCGUGGAGGGACAGCCACUGCUGUGGGACGUAGAGGCACAGCUGGCUCCGAAGAGCUUGGCCACGGAGCUGGGUGGCGAGUCUGGGUUCCGCUACAGCUAUAUUGUGCCGAUAGGUACGGCGUUCUUACCGGGGAUUGACUUUAUAUUGGGCAUGAGUUUCAUAGAGCGUUUCUACACGGUCAGUCCUUGUUUUGACCUGAUGCCCCGUAGUGAUGUCGAGCCGUUCUGGUUAUAG